AUGGAAUUUGGGAAAAAGGUGACGGCAUCCUUUCGCUGCGGCAGCAACCGGCGUUAAAUCGAUUGUCCUCUCCGCCAAAGCUUCCUCCCUAGGCCCUCCAAUUCUUGAUCUAAACCAAUCGUUUUGAUGCCAAGAACCUUAACUAAAAUCUAAAAGCUCCCACUUGAACCCUCCCUUUCAGUUGUUCAGUCGGAAAUUUUCUCGAGCAACUUCACCACGCCCUGAAUUUCAUUCUCUCGGAGUCAAAAACCAUGUUACGGAGGUCAGUUCUGGAAAUUUCAUCUCGCCGUGCCCUUAGAAGGAUCCCGGGGCAGAUUACUACUCAGAUACCUGCAUUUCUUUCUUCAAGAAAGGAAUUAUCCACUGUAUCUAAGCAAAACACACCCUCACAACCUGGUUCCACAGGCAAGCCACCCGAGUCUGGGGGUUCGUUGCCAAAAGUUAUUGUUGGAAGUGUAGCCGUUGGUGCUGCGUUCUUUGCGGCUUAUCAAACUGGCUAUUUAGACCAAUUACUUGGUAAACAGAAGCAAAGUUCAUUGAGGACGAUUGGUGUUGAGAAUAGAGAUGCAAAGAAUAUCCAACAUUCAGUAGAGCAAUUAGGUUCUGGUGGAGCUGAAGAGCCUAACAAAUUAGAUGUUGAGCAUCCAGGACAGGAAUCAGUUUCGCAUGAAAAUGAAGAUCCUAACAAGGUAAGUCCCGCUGCUGAGCAUGCGGAGCAGAAGGUUGAAGCUCAUUUAGAUCUUCCUCAUCUUGAACCUUUGAGUGAAAGACAAGGUGAUGACCAGACGCAGGUGCAAGAUAAAUCCGAAACGACACCUGCCGAGGGUUUUAUCCCUGUCCAGGAGAAAGACUUGCCAGAAUAUUCUCAAAGAAGUGUGGAAUCUAAUGAUCAAGGUACAGAUUCUGGAAUUUCACCCAAAGGGAGUCUUGACAUAAAAAGCACAGAGGAAGACACUAGUAAGACACAGAAUGAAAUUCACACUGGACCUGUAUCUACCCAGGGUGGUGCUGUCCUCGAAGAAAGUGAUAUGAAAACUUUGCCACCCGAGCAUCUCAGCACAGAAAAAAGACCAGAGGAUGCGUCAGGUAAUGGUUUAGAAUCACCCAAUUCUCUCCUUGAAGCAUAUAUUUUAAGGGAUCAAACUGAAGACAGCACUGGAACUUCGUUAAAAAGUCAGGAAAAUAAUGAAUACAAUCAUCUUCCCAAAGAAAAAGAGGCUCUAAUUAGUGCAAUUGGGGAGUCGAGUGAUGCUUACAUAUCCAAGGAUGGAAAAUUGGUGCUUGAUUUCUUACAAGCCAUUCACACUGCUGAAGAAAGGCAAGCUGAGUUAGAUGCUCGUGGUUUUGCUGAAGAAAAGAGGUUAUUAAAGGAGAAAUAUGAAAAGCAAUUGAAGGAUGCAGCGGCUAGGGAACUCAUGCGAGCAGAGGAGGCAGCGAUGUUGGAUAAGGAAUUAAAGAGAGAAAGGGCUAAAGCAGCUCUUGCUCUCAAGGCACUCCAGGAAAAAUUGGAAGAGAAACUAAAGAUGGAACUUGAACAAAAGGAAAAUGAAGCAGAAUUAAAGUUAGAAAAACUUGAGGAAUUCACAAAAGCAGCACUUGCUGCCGCAAUCGUGAGUGAGAAGGCCACCCAGCUUGAGAAAAUGGCGGAAGCAAAUCUUCAUAUAAAUGCCUUGUGCAUGGCAUUCUAUGCACGAUCUGAAGAAGCUCGUCAGAGUCACUUUGCUAACAAGCUUGCUUUGGGAGCAGUUGCACUAGAUGAUGCACUUUCAAAAGGCCUACCAAUUGAGACAGAAAUUGAUGCUUUGCGUUCUUAUCUUGAUGGCAGUGAUAAAGACUCGGUUUUAGAUUUGGUCCUAUCAUCACUUCCUGAAGAAACACGGAAAAAUGGCAUAGAUACUACAUUGCAAUUGAAUCAAAAGUUUGAUACCUUGAAAGGGUCAUUACGGCACUUCAGCCUGAUCCCACCAGGAGGCGGAGGCAUCUUGGCGCAUUCUUUAGCACAUAUUGCGUCCUGGUUAAAGGUUACGGAAGUUGAUCAGUCUGGUGAUGGUAUUGAAUCUAUCAUCGUGAAAGUUGAGUGCUAUUUGGCUGAUGGAAAACUUGCCGAAGCAGCAGAUGCUCUUGAAGAAGGUGUUAGAGGCACCCAAGCUGCAGAAAUAGUUGGUGAUUGGCUGCGGCAAGUGAGAAACAGAGCUAUUACAGAGCAAGCUCUAACUCUGCUUCAAUCUUAUGCUACUGCCAUUAGCAUUACUUAAAUCUUGAGAAUUUAGAUUAUCCACUGAUUCAUUUCUUUUGUAGCUAAGUUUACAAAUAUAGCCUGGUUUUUCAGACCAUUACCCACAGGACAGGAACAACAAGAUAACCCUUCCCCUUGGGGCUUGAGCAGCUGUUCACGGCAGUUUUGUAUGUAAUUUCAAUGUCUUUUUCAUGACUUUGUCAGGUUAUCUACACCCGCUGAAUAAGUUUUGUUUUUA